CUGGUCGCAAAUGCACUAUGUUGGUUUUUUCAUGGCGCGGCUCAAUUAUGUUUACCUGCACGAAAUAACUGCGUCCUAAAUUAACAAGUAGCAACACAAAAUCGCGUAUACCUUGCUCAUUUGUUGUCUGUACCAACUUUCACUUAAGUAUAUAUUCCACUUGCUGCUGGCAAUUUAAAGUUUUAUUUACUAUAAUAACAUCAAGGCAUGUGGCUUUAAUGUGUGUGUAUCGGGUAUUCAAAUGUUUGGAUCAAUAUGUUGCAUUGAUUUUAGUUCGGAUAAAUACACAUGCACUUUUUGAAUACAACCCGACCGUUAAAAAGAAACGCAUUUUUGGUGUAUAACUUCUAUGUUUUGUGUAUCUGCCGUAGAACGAGUCAUAUUGUGGAAAUAAUGUUAUAACGAGAACUUAAUGUAAUCGAGGAAUCACCAAACCAGGAUUAAGUGCGAUUUAAGUGUGUUUCUGAAUCGAGAUGAAAUCGUGGUUCAAACCAACGAUAGAAAACGCACCUUGUCCGCCAUUUUUCGUGGACAAUGUGUACGAGAUAUUCAUAAACCAAACACGGGAGAAUAACCUCACCAGCAAAGUUGUUGAGGAUAUCCGAACAAAAUGUUCAAUAGAGAUACCAACAACGACAACAACAACCACGACUUCAACUUCUACCUCAACUACAACAACAACAACAGCUCCUGAGCCAAGCACCAUUCCCAUUUCUCCGACCACAAACGGAACAGCAACAGAAUCUGUAAACGUCACUAGCACCACUGAUACGUCACUUAAUAACACCGUUACGGAGACGACAGUAACUACCGUAACAUACGCCAAUACUACAACACAAAGUAAUCAAACUACUUCUAAAGUAAUCGGAAAUAAAACGACUGAAAGUGUAAAAACAUCAACUGUACAGUCAACAACGUUAAGCUAUAACACGACAAUUAGAACAAGUGAAAAUGUAACUGUGACAAACGUUACCAUAAUCACGGGCACGUUAACUGAACCGGUUUACUCCAGUGGGUGCAACACGAUUUGUGUCAUUGGUAUAGCUACAGGCGCUGUUUGUCUGUGUUUACUGCUUUUACUCAUAAUAGCCCUCGCAACAUUGUUCCGUAAAAGGAGAGAAUCAAAGAUUCGAAGUCGCUCACGAUCGAGAAGCCGAUUCGGAGAUAUGCCAGAUGUCGACUUGUAUGACAGUGUUGAUAUUCGGAGUUCUCCAUCCAGCAAGAGAAACAGCCAUUCGUCUUUAUUCCGUCGGUCUGGCGAUUUUUCACGAUCUCCGCCGGUCGUAUUUGACAAUCCUGCAUACAGAAGGUCGUUUGAACUGCGACCCCAUCGUUACAACAGCUGGUACGAUCCCGAAGCCACUGACUACAGCUACUCGCAGAUCAACGCCAACCUAAUAAGCCGAAAAUCCCGGAGCCCUGAAAGACGUUCUGUUUCAACUUCUCGUCUGCAUGAUAAUCAUGCACCGGAACAUCGUAGGCACGGGAGCAGUAGUUCAUGGCAUUCGUCCAUACGGGAGUACGUACCCAAAAUGCUUCACAGUAGCAGUGAAGGUGAUUUUGGUCAAAAUUCACCCUAUUACCAUAGUUCACAAAAUGGCUUGUUACACAAUGGUGCCAAUUCUCCAAGUCAGCGAACACUUCCGAGAACACCUAUUGAGAAAAGGGGAAAACCUAAAGAAAUGAGACCAGAUUUUAAACACUCUAAAAGGUCAAGGUCUUAUGACCCGGAUAUGUCUGCAGGAUCCGGAUCGUGGGAGGAAUCACACUUUAUCUCAAUGGACGAUGGCCGGUCUAGGAGUCAGUAUAUUAAAAACAACACAAGCAAGAAAAGUACAUCACGUGGUAGGAGAGAUAGACAUAAAAAAGGGAAAGAGAAAAGACAACAUGACAUUGAAAUUCCCUUUGAUAGAAUAUAUAGAACUAACAGCGAAAGCAGAAAUAAUCAUUUGCCUAUUCAGCAUUCGAAUAAUUCUAGUUAUAAAGGCAGAAGUUCUAAUAUUGUCAGUUCUAAUUUGUAUCCUGUCUCAUUCAAAUAUAAUGGACCAGCAGAUGGCUAUGAUAGAAACCGAAGCCUAUCGAGCAGUGAUAGAAGCCCGGAUGUGAAUGAUUAUUACAUGGGUCACGGGAGAUCACUCAUGGAUAGAAGAUCAGACAAUAACAGACGAUACAGUAACAGACAUAGUUCAUACAAACCGGACAGUAAUGAGAUAUACAUGUUUCAAACAAAGUUAUGAGAGUUUUUUAAAACUAUUAUUACUGUUAUCAGUUUCAAGUACAAUCUAGGGAGAUUUUAGAUUAUCUGGACCAAAGGUUAAGGGUAUGCUGUUAGGAUAGGUAGACGGACAGGCAUCCGUCCUUCUGGGCUAACAUCUUUCCCGCCCCCCCCCCCCCCCAAAAAAAAAUAACUUGUCAGAAAUACAAUAAACAUGAUCUGUAGUAUCCUGAAACAAACCUCUCCCAAUUCUGUUCAAAUGGUUCCACUUACUGCAUCAGGGAGGAGAAGAGCUAAAAGUAGAAAAAAAAUUGAACGAGGUCUUUUUACGAGCCGCAUUGUUAAUGUUCAUUAAAAUUGGUCUGAAGCAUCCAAGACAGACCCUUUUCAAAUACCCUUAACCGCACCAAGGGGCCUUCAGGCAUAAAAGAUGAGGGAAAAAACAUAAGCAAUUUAUUAUAAGUAUCCUAUGACAAAACUUUCUCUAUUUUUUAGAACGAUUCCGUUAAACUGAACAAGCAUAGGUGAGCGACUUACAGUCUUCAAGGCGACCCUGUUGUUUAAAAUUAUAGUGUUUCUUGAUUUAUCUACCAUUUGACCAAGUUAAAUGAAAUGCGUUUGAAAUUCGUCUUAUCAAGCAAACGUGUAAGAUCAUAACCCCUUUUGUUGUAGCGCGAAAGUAUGUGACAAAAAAAAAAAUGAAUGAAUUUCGAUUUUUCAAUCAUGUUCAUGGGCUCAUUGUGUGUGUGUGUUUUUUAUAUGGAUUAAUGGCCAUUAACUAGAAUAGUUUUUUUUGUAACGUGAUUUUACGAUGUAAACUUUCUUACCAAUGUUGUCUACGUUUUGGUUAUAAUUUAGGGGAGAGGUUUGAAAUUCCUUGAUCGUGCAAGAUUAGGAAUUAUUAAUUUAGUAGGAGUGUGGUUUUCAAUUCAUUUUCUGAGAAGUCUGUAUGCACAGCGUAUAUAUCUUAUCAAACAUACCUAUCUUGCAUACAUUUGCAGUUAUAUAUCAAUCAGUCGGAAACAAAAACUAUCUCUCUAUCAAUAUACGCAUUGUAUGCAUAAUAUCAAAUUAUAUGGUUACUUUGAAUAGCCAGAUUACGUCAUUUAUUUAUUUGUCAAGUAUGUAUUACUUGGUAAAAAAACUUUGAAAGAAGAAUUCUGUCAAUUUUUUUUUAUAGAAGAGCUCAAAGACAAUUUAGGUUAAAACAACAACAACAACAACAACAACAGACAAACAAACAAAAACACACACAAAAAAAACUUAAUUAUCGAAUAAGGGUUACAUUGUAACAGGAGCUUGAGUUUGGGAUGCGUGCGGUUUUCGUGGAGUUUACACGGGCCGAAUACAAUCCCAAAUAAAGAAUUAUCCUAUUUAUUCUAUACCUAUUUUUCACUUCCAAACAGCGAUUUGCAUUUGUCCAGUACUUUUCCAUAUUGGAAAUAUAAUAACUUCAUAUUGACUAUAUUGAAAUAUAAAAUAAGUUUAGUAAACGAUGCAACAAUUUUGUUUUUAUAUUUUAAAUUUUAAACGAUAAAUACCGUCGAAUGCAGAGCGCGAAUCUUUUGUAAAUAUAUAUAAAUUAAGAACAAAGAUAGCUUCGCGCUCAGUCCUCGAAAUUUAUUUUCAAUGCCUGAGUACGACAGGGUAUCGUAUCCGCCUGUUUUGCAGAGAAUAAAGCAGAGAAUAAAGAUUGUUUAAAAUUGUCUUGUACGAAACGAGAUAUAACUGGACACGUACCCACCCGAAAAAUCAUAUUAGACUCGCCCAUUGGCUUGUCCAGUAUGCUUUCUUUUCGAACGAGUACUCGACCAAAUACCUACAACUGCUUAAGAAUAUUUUUCAAAAUAUUUGUCAUAAUUGUAUUCAGCUAAUCCAAUAUGUGUCGCGUAUAGAUUUCCGCUUUAAACCCACUUUAAAUGCAUCGGACUGACAAACCUAAUUCCAAUACGUUUUGUUACUGGGCUUGUUUUUUAACAUACCACAUUUCUAUUUUAUAUAUCUGGCAGUAUUAUUCCCAGAUUUUCUCAUUGAAUUAUUUCGACAUUUUUAUUAAAUUAUUUACAAAUUUCUGUUUAAAGAAAAUGUAUUUUACGAGUUUAUCGAUGUUUUUUUUUAAAACUUGUUAAUGGUAUAUGAUAUUAUUUAUUGCUGCUAAUAAAAUGUUUAUGAUA